GUGCGCGUUACGUUUAUGUCGGAGAUUCGCCCCCUCGGAAUCGUGAGCAGUGUGGCCAUAUUCUACCCUCUGAUAAGAGAGCAUUGAUAGUGGGAAUACCGUGAGAGAAACACGAAAACGCUAUGUCUGCUAUAACGGAAGGAAGGGUGCGGGAACCAGGUUUUAGCAAUAAGAUCACACCGGCCACCAGAUCAAUUGGGUUAGAUGCCCCGGUUGGUGCAUCGCAAUGGAAGGCCAGCUCGGCGGAUGCAGCCUCACAAAAGAAGAACACUGCACCCGCUGCGGAGCCCAGCAUUCUGAGCCCGCCUGCACCCAAAGUGCAUCUGCCUCCAUUAGAAUCCCAGCGGAUACAGGUUGCUGUACGGGUCCGUCCACUCCCCAAUCUGAAGCCCCAUCGAUCAGCGCGCCAGGUUUCGCAGUCAUGCACAGGAACAAGGGGCCCCAAAACUCCAACAUCACGCAGAGUGUCGACUGCGGCGUCAAUUGCACCAUCGCCAUCUCCAACCCCAUCGGUCCAACCGCCUGCACCCACCAAUCCUUUGGCAAAAGAGCCAUGCAUCAGCAUCGGGACAUCACAGCCGGAUUCCCUGGGAAUAGCGGAUCCGUCUGGGAGGCGUGGAAGUAAGGAAUUUGCUUUCGACGCUGUGUUUGCAGAUCAGGACGAUACCACUUGUGUAUAUGAGAGGAUGGUGAAGGGGUUGGUGGAAAAGUGUCUUGAGGGUUACAAUGGAUGCGUCUUCGCAUAUGGUCAAACCGCUAGUGGGAAGACAUACACCAUGGAGGGAUACAAACCCACUCCAUUAGAUCCUCCUCCAUCCGCACCCGAACAACGCGGAAUCAUGCUCCGGGUCGCUGCAGACAUCGUGGACCACAUCCGAAGAACCAACGAGGAGGAAGCCUCGAGCAAGUCGGAAGAUGUCACCUCGUUUUGCGUCAAAGCGACGUAUCUUGAGAUCUACCAGGAGACUCUGACUGACUUGCUUUGCGAUAAGGACGGGCAAGCGGAUCUUCGAAUUCGCAUGGAUCCGGACUCGCUUUCCGGGCGUGAGCUGUAUGUGCAGGGCCUGACAGAGCGUGAGGUUGUAGAUAUCGAGGACUACGUCCGGGUGGCACAAGUCGGGGCUAAAAGGCGCACAGUCGGGGAGACAAACAUGAACGAAGCCUCAUCACGCUCCCACGCCGUCUUCACGCUCAUCAUCGAGCAAAUCCAACGAAGGCGAGGAGGCACCCUCCCAGAGGACAUCGGCGCCCGCAAACGGUCGAAAAUCCACCUUGUUGACUUGGCAGGAUCAGAACGGGCGAAAGACACCGGCGCCGUUGGGACACGGUUAAAAGAAGGGGGCAGCAUCAAUCAGUCGCUGCUCAGCCUCGGGAAUGUCAUCUCCGCGCUCUCGGCGCCUACGCGAGCGAGUAACCACGUCUCGUACAGGGAUAGCAAGUUGACGUACUUGUUAUCCGACUCGCUGGGCGGAAAUGCUUUGACGGUCAUGAUUGCAUGUAUAAGUCCGGCUGGAAGUUGCUAUGAGGAGACGAUGAGCACCCUUCGCUUUGCGGAAAGGGCGAAGAAGGUCAAGCUGCGGGCUACCGUCAACAUCGAUAUGCAGUCUCUCAGAAUCCUGGCUCUGGAAUCCGAGAUAUCCCAUCUCCGCUCUAUGCUCGCUUCUUCCUUCACCGACCCCAGUUUCCAUCCAACAAGCAAGAAGGAUGCCGGCACGUCUAUGCGGAGGUCCACCGGAGUCGACGCCGAAACAUCGCCCAUGGAGAAUAAACGAUCACCAUGGGCAAAGCUCAAGAUCGCUUUCAAAAAGGCUUAUGCAAACGCCUCUGGGGCCCUGAAGGUGCGGCCGCCUUCACUGCCCGAGGUGCCCAAUGUUGGGCGGCGUGUCAGCGAGUGGGCGAAAGGAGUGGCUCAUAUCAAUCAAAAGGGGAAAGUGAUACCUGUAGAUUCGUCGUAAUGUUUGGUAUAUGUUUGUUCCUUGUAUCAUACUUGUCGAUCAUGGCGUGUUAAAAAACGUAUGCCGCAUGUGCGAGCAAAAUUCCCCGCUUAUGAGCUCGGAAAGGGUCAUCUUGAGACAUUCACCUCCUGUUGUACGGCGAGUUCAGGUUGAUAGAAGAACUAAAGGAAAAGUG